GGAGAGAUAGGGUGUUAAUGGGGUUUUAGAGAGAGAGAUUCUCCUUUCGUUCGGCCCCGUUGAUACUGCCCGCUACCGGACUUAGAGAAAGAGAGGGGAAGCAGUCAACAAAAAACUUCCAUUUUUGGAUUUUCUUCUCACGUCCUUCGAUUAUUUUGGGUGGCACAAUCACGUUAAGUCUGAGAGGAUCUAAGGUAUUCAUCCGUGAAGUAAAUCCGAAAAGGGUUUAGGGUGAAAUUGAAGCUAUGAUGUUGAUCAGUAAUGCAAAUUGGUGAAAACCCGAGCUCAGAUCUAGAUAAUAAAGGCUUUUAAUUGGUGAAAGAUGGAUGUUGAUUCAUCAAUGGAGUCUGAUCACGAUAUUAGUAAUACUGCCAGUGGUAAUGACCCUGCGUCCGAGGAGCAGCCAGAGGAGUCUCCGGUCGUGGUGGAGAAGGAUUCUGGAGGAGCUUCGUCGCAAGUUGAGCAGCUAGAGGAGGUUCAGCAGACGACUGGUGGUCCGAGGCAUGCGCCCACUUACUCUGUGGUGAAGACUAUAUUAGAGAAGAAGGAAGAUGGCCCUGGUCCUAGGUGUGGACACACCUUGACAGCUGUUGCAGCGGUUGGGGAGGAAGGGACACCAAAUUACAUCGGACCGAGGCUUAUACUAUUUGGUGGUGCAACAGCUCUUGAAGGCAACUCUGCUAACGCUGGUACUCCGACCUCUGCUGGAGGCGCUGGGAUACGUCUGUCAGGUGCUACUGCUGAUGUGCACUGCUAUGAUGUAUUGACAAAUAAAUGGUCCAGAAUAACUCCCUUAGGAGAACCACCUACACCAAGGGCAGCCCACGUGGCAACAGCUGUUGGUACAAUGGUGGUUGUUCAGGGUGGAAUUGGUCCGGCAGGUUUAUCUGCGGAGGAUCUUCAUGUUCUUGACCUAACCCAGCAACGACCCAGAUGGCAUAGAGUGGUGGUCCAAGGUCCAGGUCCAGGCCCACGAUACGGUCAUGUCAUGGCUCUAGUAGGGCAAAGAUAUCUUAUGGCAAUUGGUGGAAAUGAUGGAAAGCGGCCUCUUGCUGAUGUAUGGGCCUUGGAUACAGCUGCGAAGCCGUAUGAAUGGCGGAAGUUGGAACCUGAGGGAGAGGGUCCACUACCAUGCAUGUAUGCCACCGCAAGUGCACGCUCGGAUGGUCUUCUUUUGCUUUGUGGAGGGCGGGAUGUAAAUAGUGUGCCUCUGGCGAGUGCAUAUGGACUUGCAAAACACAGAGAUGGUCGCUGGGAAUGGGCCAUUGCUCCUGGUGUCUCACCGUCUUCUCGUUAUCAACAUGCAGCAGUUUUUGUAAAUGCUCGGUUACACGUAUCUGGGGGUGCACUUGGUGGUGGACGCAUGGUGGAGGACUCAUCAAGUGUGGCAGUUCUGGAUACUGCAGCAGGAGUCUGGUGUGAUACAAAAUCUGUCGUCACUACUCCACGGACAGGCAGAUAUAGUGCUGAUGCCGCUGGUGGAGAUGCUGCAGUUGAAUUGACAAGGCGUUGCAGGCAUGCUGCUGCUGCUGUUGGUGAUCUAAUAUACAUCUAUGGUGGUUUGCGUGGGGGGGUUUUGCUCGAUGAUCUUUUAGUUGCUAAAGAUAUAGCUUCUACUGAAAUGACAUCUGCAGCCACAUCCAAUACACAGGUAGGGAGGUUAGCAGGAAGGUAUGGGUUUGUUGAUGAUCGAACAAGGCAGGCACUUCCCAAAGAAUCUCCUGAUGGUGCAGUUGUAGUGGGGAAUCCUGUUGCUCCACCGGUAAAUGGUGACAUGUAUACAGAUAUCAGCACAGAAAAUGCUAUGCUUCAAGGCUCUCGGAGACUUAGCAAGGGAGUUGAAUACUUGGUUGAGGCAUCAGCAGCAGAAGCUGAGGCCAUUACUGCAACCCUUGCUGCUGCAAAAGCGCGACAUUCCAAUGGAGAAGUUGAACUUCUAGAUAGGGAUCGUGGAGCAGAGGCUACUCCAAGUGGAAAACAAAUAUCUACCUUGAUAAAGCCGGAAACUGAUGUUGAAGGAAAUUCUGCUCCAGCUGGAAUACGAUUACAUCACCGAGCUGUGGUAAUAGCUGCAGAGCCUGGUGGAGCGUUAGGUGGCAUGGUCAGGCAACUUUCAAUAGAUCAAUUUGAAAAUGAAGGGAGGAGGGUUGGAUAUGGAACACCAGAAAAUGUAACUGCCGCAAGGAAACUUUUAGAUCGCCAGAUGUCAAUUAACAGUGUGGCCAAAAAGGUGAUUGCUCACCUACUGAAGCCUCGUGGGUGGAAGCCUCCUGUUCGUCGACAAUUUUUUCUGGAUUGCAAUGAGAUAGCUGAUCUUUGUGAUAGUUCUGAAAGAAUAUUUUCAAGUGAACCUAGUGUUCUACAACUAAGAGCACCUAUAAAGAUAUUUGGUGAUUUACAUGGGCAAUUUGGAGACCUCAUGCGACUUUUUGAUGAAUAUGGUUCCCCAUCAACGGCUGGAGACAUAGCAUAUAUCGAUUAUCUCUUCUUGGGAGAUUAUGUUGAUCGAGGUCAACACAGCUUGGAAACUAUUAGUCUUCUGUUAGCUUUAAAGGUUGAGCAUCCACAAAAUGUACAUUUGAUUCGUGGUAAUCAUGAGGCUGCUGAUAUAAAUGCAUUAUUUGGCUUUCGGAUUGAAUGCAUAGAGCGCAUGGGGGAGAGAGAUGGAAUCUGGGCAUGGCACCGAAUAAACAGAUUAUUCAACUGGUUACCACUGGCAGCUCUGAUAGAGAAAAAGAUCCUUUGUAUGCAUGGUGGUAUUGGAAGGUCGAUUGAUCAUGUCGAGCAGAUUGAAAAUCUUCAGAGGCCAAUUUCAAUGGAAGCUGGUUCAAUUGUUCUUAUGGAUUUGUUGUGGUCUGACCCAACAGAAAAUGACAGUGUGGAAGGACUACGACCAAAUGCUAGAGGUCCUGGGUUAGUUACUUUUGGGCCUGAUCGUGUGAUGGAGUUUUGCAACAACAAUGAUCUCCAACUGAUUGUACGAGCCCAUGAAUGCGUAAUGGAUGGUUUUGAGCGUUUUGCCCAGGGACAUUUGAUUACCCUUUUCUCUGCCACCAAUUAUUGUGGGACUGCAAAUAAUGCUGGUGCUAUAUUAGUCCUCGGCAGAGAUCUUGUAGUGGUUCCGAAACUAAUUCAUCCAUUGCCGCCUGCAAUUUCAUCACCUGAAAUGUCCCCUGAACGCCAUAUAGAAGAUACAUGGAUGCAGGAGCUUAAUGCUAACAGACCAGCAACACCAACCAGGGGCCGCCCACAAGUUUCUGAUGAUCGUGGCUCGCUUGCGUGGAUAUAGCGAAGGUCAUAUUUCCGCUGUCCUAAUCUUGAUCUGGGAUGUUAUGGUAUGACUUGAAUCACUAAUGAGACCCCAAUUGCGCAAUCUACACACACCCUACGUGAUUAGUGGAACGUUCCAAGUCCAACCCUGAGACCACAAAACAAACCACAUGAAAGUCGGCCUCGGCCUUGUUACGAGUGGUGACAAUUUGUACAUGGAGGUAAUUUUCGUUUUCGCUAUAAUUGUUCAUUGAUGAGGUGUAUCAUUGGUUUUUGUCUGGUAAAAAUAGGAAGAGAAACCCCAUACAAGUGAUUGACGAGAGAUGUAUAAGAGGUGUUUGUAUCAUAGAAGCUAGGCAGGCAGGCAAUAGUGGUACUGGUUGAUUGCCUUGAGUGUUCUUUCUUUGCCAUGUACACUACAAUGUAACAUUUAUGUGCAGCAGAUAAAAGCUCUCCUUCAUUCCUUC